GCAUAGUGCUGGCAGGCAUCUCGGCGCUCACUGGCGCGCGUGACUGGCAGGAAUUCUCUCGCGCGUGGACUGAUUGCGCGCCUGUGACGUCGCGUGUGAAGCGAUGUGACUCCCUUACACACGCACCCACCAGCACCCACUCCAGAUCCACGGAGUGAAGGAUGCUCGCAGUGUCUUUCCGUAGCACUCACCCAGCAUCAUGUCCACAGUGAUGAGCGGGUUACUGAAUAUGGCGAGUCUCGCGGAUUUCGAGCCGCUCGCGGCAGUGAUCCCCGCCACUAAAGUUGAGAUCACCGUGUCGUGCAGAAACCUCUUGGACAGAGACACCUUCUCAAAGUCUGAUCCAAUUUGUGUGCUGUACACUCAGACAGUGGCAAACAGGGAGUGGAGAGAGUUUGGCAGGACAGAAGUCAUCGAUAACACGCUGAAUCCAGACUUUGUGCACAAAUUCAUCCUCGAUUACUUCUUUGAAGAGAGACAAAAUUUACGCUUUGACCUGUAUGACCUUGACUCAAAGAGUGACAACCUGUCCAAACAUGACUUCCUGGGCCAGAUGUACUGUACUUUGGGAGAGGUGGUGGGAUCUCUAGGAAGUCGUAUGGAAAGACCACUCAUAGGCAUUCCUGGGAAAAACUGUGGAACUAUUAUUGUGAAAGCUGAAGAACUUGGAAAUUGCAGGGAGUCAGUACUGAUGCAGUUUUGUGGCAACAAACUGGACAAGAAAGAUUUCUUUGGAAAGUCUGACCCUUUCCUGGUCUUUUACCGUAGCAAUGAAGAUGGAACAUUUACCAUCUGUCAUAAGACAGAGGUGGUGAAAAACACACUGGACCCUGUAUGGCAGGCCUUCAAGAUCCCAGUCAGAGCACUGUGUAAUGGGGAUUAUGACAGAGCAAUAAAAAUCGAGGUGUAUGACUGGGACAGAGAUGGAGGUCAUGACUACAUUGGAGAGUUCAGCACAAGCUACAGGGAGCUCUCUAAAGGCCACUCUCAGUUUACUGUGUGGGAGGUGCUGAACCCCAAGAAAAAGAAAAAGAAGAAGAAAUAUCUAAACUCAGGAACCGUCACUCUGCUGUCCUGCUUCAUUGAUGUUGAGGUUACGUUCCUGGACUACAUCAAAGGAGGCACUCAAAUUAAUUUCACGGUGGCGAUUGAUUUUACUGCUUCAAACGGCAACCCUUCCCAGCCUACCUCUCUACACUACAUGAGCCCGUAUCAUCUGAAUGCGUAUGCACUGGCACUCAGAGCAGUGGGGGAGAUUAUUCAGGACUAUGACAGUGAUAAGCUGUUCCCUGCACUGGGGUUCGGUGCAAAACUGCCACCCGAUGGCCGCGUAUCUCACGAAUUUCCACUGAACGGGAACCCAGAUAACCCAUACUGCAGCGGUAUAGAGGGCGUUCUAGAAGCAUAUUAUCAGAGUCUGAAGUCUGUUCGUCUUUAUGGACCAACAUACUUCUCCCCUGUCAUUAAUCAUGUAGCAAGAUAUGCAUCAUUAGUAAAGGAUGGUUCAGAAUACUUCAUCCUCCUCAUUAUCUCUGAUGGGGUCAUCUCCGACAUGGCUCAGACUAAAGAAUCCAUCGUAAACGCCUCAAGUCUUCCCAUGUCAAUUAUAAUCGUUGGAGUCGGGCCGGCUGAAUUUGAUGAGAUGAUUGAACUAGAUGGAGAUGAGGUCAGGAUAUCAUCCAGGGGUCGCUUUGCGGAGAGAGACAUUGUGCAGUUUGUUCCUUUCCGAGACUACAUUGAUCGCAGAGGGAAUCACAUUCUCAGCAUGGCCCGUCUGGCCAAGGACGUUCUUGCGGAAAUCCCAGAUCAGUUCCUCCAGUACAUGAGGUGCAGAGGCAUCAAACCUCAGCACUCGUCCCACUCCACCUCCUCCAAACCCCCUUCGUCACUCAUCCACCCCGUGCACCCUCUGCAGACACAGAUCUGAGUGAGCGCACAAACCAUACGUCCUCUCUUUGGUUCACUGUCACUCUCAGGAUCACACACGGCCUGUCUGAGUGAAACGCAGCUCUUGCACAUGCUGACUUCCAGUAUGUAGGGUGACGUUAGGGAACUUUACGCCCGGCACUGUCCUUUGUCGGGCGUACUAAGGUUUCAGAAGGUGUUUCAGACUAUUUUAAAGUAUCGCGUGGCCUCUUCAAUCAGUCAAACAUCAGAUAUGACUCCACAGUCUCUGUCUCACAUCCUGUUCUUGUGUCUGACAAACUUCAACAGACGUUUACAAUUGUACCGUUUUUUACAAAUAGAUGUUUUUUGUACCUCAUGAAAAGCUGCUUAACAACGGAAUUUACUCAUUUUAUUACAUGACGUUGUAAAUAGAGCAAGUGUGAUUUUAGAAAAAGCAUGAAUCCACACUUGAUACAAAACUGAGAGAAACUUUCACCCAGUUGUGCGAGGCCUUGGUUUUCAUUUCAUUGUACAGUAUUCGCUUUAAAUUAUUUUACUAUUUCCGUAUUCCAUAUUCUUGGUCAUUUGACAGCCUCAAACUGUAAAGAAUUUGUGCUUAGCUUUUGCGGCACUAGCACAGCACAGAGAUUUAACAGGAAAAGCCUUACUCUGCGUUAAAGGAACAGUUCAGCCGAAAUUAAAAUUGUGUCGUUAUUUACUCAUCCCCAAGUCAUUCCAAACAUGUAAGAUUUGGUUUUAUAACAUAUAAUUAUUUUACAUUUUGACAGUGAUCUUAAUUUCUACAUUUAAUUAAAUGCUGUAUUACACUAAUGUCAGUCAUUGAGCGAUUCAGCAAAAUGUAAUUUAUGAUCAUGGAAAGAGAAAUAUUUAACUGAGAAGGUUAGUUUAUGUUUAUGUUUUUGUUUUAGUUUUUUUUAAAGCAUUAGAGAAUGUUCAAAAUAAUCAUUAGAGGACAUUCUGUGUAAGUUCUCAUUAGGUUAUCAAAAAAAAAAAAAAAAAAAAACUCCCCUGCAACAUUUUGGGAACAUUAGCUUAUGGUUAUAUAAAUGAAACCUAAAAAACAAUAAAUAAAUGAAGAACAUUUUAAGUUUGGGUCAUUCCUAGUUUGGUGGAUUUUAUGUCCCCAUGAAACCAUAAUUUAAAAUGCCCCUAUUAUGCCUUUUUUUAAGGUUCCUAAUAUUGUUUUGGGAGUCUCCUACAACAAGGUUUACAUGCAUGCAAGGUCAAAAAACAGUUUAGUUUUCUCAUAAUAUACAUUUAAUUUCACCUAAGGUUUCAAUGUUUUGUAAAUGAUUCGUUAGAAGUAGUUCAAUGAAUCGAUGGCUGCGUCCGAAAACCUAGGUAGCUGUCUUGCUGCCUCGCUGUCUUAUAAGAGAAUGACUUGUACGGCAGCGUUUGUACAUGAAGGUACCUCACGAAACUGA